AACUGUCGCCUCCUACCCCGAUCCUUCUUCGCUCAAACACUACGCUCUUCGUACGUUAUCAACAAUUGGAAAUCGGCGGCAUGUUUUGGGGAUCCAUGUCGACGGAAACAUGUUCCAGCUUUGGUACUUCGAUCGUGCCGGGUCUAUCUGCUCCAGUAAGAUCAGCAUAAAGGAUGAUGCCGAGCUGUUCGCUACCUCUAUUGUAUUGUUCUCCCUCGCUAGCAAAGAGCGCCUCGGUUAUGAGCCUUGCUUCGAAGCACCAGCGGGCAUGAAGCGGCGGUCUUGGUCGACCAUCCGGAAUCACGAGGUUGGGGUGGAAGGAUAUCGCUUCAGGCUCCUAAGCAUUGUUCAUUCUGCCGCAUCAUUGUAUGGGCGAGGAACAUUCGUGUAUGAAGCUGAGCUUAUUUCAGGGCCAGUUAUCCAAUCCGGUCGCUUAGCCAUCAAAUGCUCCUGGCAGCCUAUAUCGAAACAUCCGGAAGAUGAACUCUAUCGCCUAGCCAAUCAAAGAGGGGUGAGUGGUUUGGCGACUCUGCACGCUCCAUGCACGGUUUCCUUGCUUUCCGACGGUGUGCGCGGUGAUCUCUUCGCGAACUGCUCCUACCAAGAUCGCGAGCUCCGAGUGCAGGUAUUGAGCCCGUUUUGUGUGCCACUAUACGGUUCAGAAUAUGGACACAUUCCAAACGGCAUUCACGUCAUUAGUUCCCAUCACGAGCUCCAUGAAAAGGCCGGCAUAUUGCAUCGAGACAUAAGCCCCAACAACUUGAUGGUGGACUCCAGUGAUCCUACCAAGGGCGUUCUCAUUGACCUAGAUAUGGCGGUUCGAGACAGAAAUCCCGACACUGGGGAGAGUCUGAACGUGCCUGUGCUUCCCGGUGCGCCCGUUCGUCACCGUCCACAUGAGAUUGUUCGUAUGAAUGUCACGAUGGAGGAUUCCUGCUUCAUAUGCCCGACGGUGUGCUGGCAAAGACUCAAUUUCUUGUGAGUAACGGAAAGGAUUCAAACUUACUUUCGAUAAUGGAGAGGAAGAACAAUAUCGUGUCUUUGUUUAUGUCGAUUAAUGUGAUUGGCUUAUACUCAUCGUCCAUGACAAUCGCUUCUAGAUAGCGCAUUGGGCCAAACUUGUAACCAGG